AUGCUUCCAACGCCAAGCAUUAGCCACAAUCGUGCCUAUGGCCAUGGUCAACCCGUACUGUGGUGCUGGCACAGUGAACGCCAAGGCUACCAUCAUCAUGUUUGGGUAAAAUCUUCGCGCAGCCGCCCACCUGCCCUUCAACAAGAACUGCUCCACAGCAACCAUCACGCAACCGACAACAGCAAACACCAACGAGAAUUCCCGGCUCGAUGCAGAGACGGGAAGGUGUGGUUCGCUAGCCGCUACUGCCACAGCUUUCCAAGACGCAAUUCCCGGAGCCGGAAACUCGCAGUCGUCUUUCGAUGCAUCGAUGAUGCAAGGAUAGGCUGUGGUGAAGAGCACAAAGAUGCUGGGAGUGACCAGACAUGCGCCGAGCGUACCUGA